AUGGGUAGCCAAAUGAAGAAGCAAUGGCCUCAAUUUGCUUGUGCUUUGACAUUUUUCUUGAUUGCCACUUCUACUAUGGCAUACUCACCUUAUUCUUAUGAAUCAACAUAUACAACAUACAAUAAAGUACCAACCACAGUAGCUAAAAGUGAAGAAUUCAAGGUACCUUCAGUGCCUAAAAAGGAAUAUAAGGCGCCAUCUUUGUCAAAGAAUGACUACUACGAGAAACCAUCAGUUCCAGAAGAUAACUAUAAGAAGGUGCCAUAUGGUCCAGAGGUACCCUCAGUGCCCUCAGUACCUAAACAUGAAUACAAGGUGCCUUUUUUGCCAAAGAAUGACUACUAUAAGAAGCCAGCAGUUCCAGAAGAUAGCUAUAAGAAGGUGUCAUCUGUUCCAGAGGUAUCAUCAGUGCCUAAACAGGAAUACAAAGUACCUUCUUUGCCAAAGAAUGAUUACUAUAAGAAGCCAUCAGUUCCAGAAGAUAGCUAUAAGAAGGUGUCAUCUAUUCCAGAGGUACCCUCAGUGCCUAAACAUGAAUACAAAGUGCCUUCCUCGCCAAAGAAUGACUACUAUAAGAAGCCAUUAGUUCCAGAAGAUAAUUAUAAGAAGGUGCCAUCAGUUUCAAAAGCUAAUGACUACAAGGUACCUUUAGUACCUAAACAAGAAUACAAGUUGCCUUCUUUGCCAAAGAAUGACUAUUAUAACAAACCACCGGUUCCAGAAAAUAACUACAAGAAGGUGUCAUCUGUUCCAGAGGUACACUCAGUGCCUACACAAGAAUACAAAGAAUCUUCUUUGCAAAAGAAUGACUAUUAUAACAAACCAUCGGUUCCAGAAAAUAACUACAAGAAGGUGUCAUCUGUUCCAGAGGUACACUCAGUGCCUACACAGGAAUACAAAGAAUCUUCUUUGCCAAAAAAUGACUACUAUAAGAAGCCAUUAGUUUCAGAAGAUAACUAUAAGAAGGUGUCAUCAGGUUCAAAAGAUAACGACUACAAGGUACCCUCAGUGCCUAAACAAGAAUACAAGUUGCAUGCUUUGCCAAAGAAUGACUAUUACAACAAACCAUCAGUUCCAGAAGAUAACUACAAGAAGGUGCCGUUUGUUCCAGAGAUACCCUCAGUGCCUAAACAAUAA